CUCCGCAGCGCCCGUAGAUCGAACUUUGACCGCUCCUGGGCGGCCGACGCCUGCGGGUAGCACGCAUGCGUCUUUUGUUUGAAUGGGUGGCGCCCUUAUCCUCGCCGCGGCGGGGGCAGCCCUGGCCGUGCUGCUGGCAGUGCGGCUGUGGGUAGUCCUGCGUCCCCGCGCCGCUGUGCCUCGGCGGUCUCUCAGCCUCUUGGUGGUCGCUGGGUCUGGUGGACACACCACUGAGAUCCUGAGGCUGCUCGAGACCUUAUCUGAUGCUUACUCUCCGAGACAUUAUGUCAUUGCCGACACUGAUGACAUGAGUGCCCAUAAAAUAAAUUCUUUUGAACUCAGUCGAGCUGAUCGGAACCCCAGUACUACGUUACCCGAGUACCACAUCCACCGCGUCCCCAGGAGCCGGGAGGUUCAGCAGUCCUGGCCGUCCUCGGCGCUCAGCACCCUCUACUCCCUGUGGUUCUCCUUCCCCCUGACUCACCGAGUGAAGCCAGAUUUGCUGCUAGACCAUCCACGGAAUAUCAAGAAGGUACCUGGACUAGAUUUUAACCCUGUUCAACAAGGGUUUGGCCAAUCAAAUGACAAAAAUAAAGCUCAGAAAGGUUGUGACAUGUCCAAGGCGCCCCAGAUGGUACGUGGUCAAACCAGGGCUGAAAUCUUCCAGACGCUCAGUCUCAGUGCAGCAUCUGUGAGCGCAGGCACAGUGUACGGGCGGAGCCAGAAAUAGGUUGUCCUGACUACAUUCUAACUCCUUCAAUAGGAAGUUGAAGAAGCAUAGCAGCCGAGGAAGAGCGCCCCGUGCCAGAUCACGGGAAGGCCAUGAACUUGGAAUUGGGAGAUCUGAGUUCGGGUGUUGGCUCUGCCAUUAAUUAGGUCUGUGGGGAAAUGCUUGGGCCUUUCCAGGCCCCUAUUGGUUCCUCUAGAUACAACACAAGUGUAAUCAAACUUUCUGGGCCCAGAGAGUGUCUUGGAAGUCAGUGACUGCGUUGCCACCUGCCAACACACCCCAAGUGUGACUCCAAAGGCUUCGAAUGGCAGUGGUGACUUGUCUGCUGAAGAGGAGUGGGAGGAGGCUCGCACCACACGUCACCCGCAAAACAUCCUCAUGCUUUCCUUUCAACGCUGCUUUUUCCCCCCAAAUUUCCCCUUCCUCUACCAGCUGCCCAAAUUCUCUUUUGCUGUUUCCUUCUUCCUUUCAACACACACACACACUCACCCCGUUUUUUUGCCACUUCCUUUUUCAAGCCACGGUCUUCAAGAUUUCUCCCUAUUCCAAGUCUCCUUUGGUUCAACUAAUAUUUAUUCCGUGCCUCCCACUCCCCAGGACUUUGGUGGGGCUGGAGGUUACAGCGACAGUCUUCUCUCUCUGUCCCUGUUAUUGGGAGUAAUCUAACCUGGCCUCAGCUUCUUACCUUUGCAUCCAGCCAAAGGCAGCCGGUGAGGGAAUAGGGAGUGUUUAAUUACUAAUAAUUUUUUACUGUUAAC